UAACAGAUAAUUAGUACUAAUUAAUCUUGUAGCACAGAGAGACGACCGACCAUAUCAAUGCAGAAUGAAUGUAAUAAGUAAUAAUUUGUUGCAUUUCCUCUCUAGAGAGUGAACGUGCUAAGUAGUUACUCGGAUAGGUAGAGAGACAUAUACAGAGAGAGAUAAGGAAACCACAAACAAUCAAGAAGAGAUUAUUGGUGAUUAAAAAUGAAAAGGAAAAGAGGAUCAGAGCAAAUAUUGGGCAAGGAUGAGAUUGAUGAGUUCAAAGGAUCUGAAAUCAGGUCUGCAAUUUUAGAGCUCACCAAGAUUUCAUCUCUUCAUCACCAUGAGCCUGCUUCUGUUUGCGACUCAAAGAACGAUGUUGCUGCUGAUGCUGCAGCUACUACUGUGGCUAGCACUACUACAACCAGUACUAGUAGUACUGCUCAUUUCAAGAGUCAUGAUCAUCAUAUCCCUACCAAAUCAUUUCUUCAUGUCUGCAAAUCUCUCUUGCUUCAAGUUCUUGAUAAGGUUGGUCCGACAAUGGCGGUAUUGAGACAAGAUGUGCAUCAAAAUAUUCAGAGAUUAGAGAAGCUACAUGACAUGGAUCCUUCCAUGUACAGAAAUGUAGUUGGAAUAUUGAAGAAAGAGGCCGGAGAAGGGACAUCCAGAAAAACCAACAGCUGUACUCGAGCAUUGGUUUGGCUUACCAGGUUACACCUUUUCUGGAUUUGUUUCGUAUUCAUCUGCUACAUUGUAUGUAUAUAUACAAUGUUUUUGAACCUUUUCAUACGACCAUGGUUGCCUUACGAGCCAAUUAGUAGGAGGUCCUUGGAUUUUGCAGUAUCUUUGUUAGAGAAAUUAUGCAAGGAACCAGAUGGAAAUCUGAAAAAGGCAGUUGAAGAAUCUUAUGAGGUCACUCUGAAGCCAUGGCACCAAUGGAUAUCAGCUGCUGCAUACCAAGUAGCUCUAAGAUUGGUUCCUGGAGAUGCCAAAACCUUCAUCAACUUACUCAUGGCUCAAGAUGAAGACUACGGCGACCUUAAAGAAGAAAUUCUAAGCUUGGUUUCUUUGCUUAAACCAAUUCUAAACGAGGUUCAUUGUGUUCUGAGAAGCUUUAAAUCGGACAGGUUAAAGUCCAACUCCAGAUGAAUAUCCAACCACGUAAACAACAGAUGGAGUUACUUGAACGUACAUGAGUUGGUUUCUUAAGAAGGUUGUUAAGAUUUUGUACAUAAAGUGGUGGCUAAUUUGUAACUUUACUUACAUUCAGGGUAAGAUUUACUUUUUACUCGCUCAAUUCGUAUUACACAUAUUGUUACCUCCCUAAUGGCCCCAAUUAGAAUUAGGUCUCCCUUCCAUUUUGUCCUAAGUUUGUGUUGUUGUAAAUUUUUUAAAGGUGCAGCGGCUUAAUAUAGGGGUGUAAAUAUUACCCGAAAAAACUCAGCCUGCCCGUACCUGCCCAAGCCCGCCUGUACC